AUGGAGCCUGAGCCCGAGCCUGAACCCGUCACGCUCCUGGUGAAGAGCCCCAACCAGCGCCACCGAGACUUGGAGCUGAGCACCGACCGCAGCUGGAGCGUGGGCCGCCUUAAGGCCCAUCUGAGCCGCGUCUACCCCGAGCGCCCGCGUCCAGAGGACCAGAGGUUAAUUUAUUCCGGAAAGCUGUUGUUGGAUCACCAGUGUCUCAGGGACUUGCUUCCAAAGCAGGAAAAACGGCAUGUUAUGCAUCUGGUGUGCAAUGUGAAGAGUACUUCAAAAAUGCCAGAAGCCGGUGCAAAGGUUGCUGAAGCCACAGAGCAGCCCACUGGUCUGAAUCAGGGACAGUCCCCUGGGGAUUCCUCAAGCGACGGUUUAAGGCAGAGGGAGGUUCUUCGGAACCCUUCUCCCUCUGGAUGGGAGAACAUCUCAAGGCCUGAAGCAGCCCAGCCGGCGUUCCAGGGCCUGGGGCCUGGUUUCUCGGGCUACACAACCUACGGGUGGCUGCAGCUCUCCUGGUUCCAGCAGAUGUACGCGCGGCAGUACUACAUGCAGUACUUAGCGGCCACUGCUGCGUCAGGGGCUUUUGUCCCCUCACCAAGUGCACAAGAGAUACCUGUGGUCACUGCACCUGCUCCAGCCCCAAUCCACAACCAGUUUCCAGCUGAAAACCAGCCCGCCAAUCAGAACGCUGCUCCACAAGUGGUGGUUAAUCCUGGGGCCAAUCAGAAUCUGCGGAUGAAUGCUCAAGGAGGCCCCAUUGUGGAAGAAGAUGAUGAGAUAAAUCGAGAUUGGUUGGAUUGGACCUAUUCGGCCGCUACAUUUUCCGUGUUUCUCAGUAUCCUCUAUUUCUACUCCUCCCUGAGCCGAUUCCUCAUGGUCAUGGGGGCCACCGUGGUUAUGUACCUGCAUCACGUCGGGUGGUUUCCCUUUCGACAGAGGCCAGUUCAGAACUUCCCGAAUGGUGGUCCUCCUCAGGAGGCUGUGAAUCAAGACCCCAACAAUAACUUCCAGGAGGGUCCUGAUCCUGAAAUUGAAGAUCCCAGCCACCUCCCUCCAGACAGGGAUGUACGGGGUGAUGAGCAGACCAGCCCUUCAUUUAUGAGCACAGCCUGGCUUGUCUUCAAGACUUUCUUUGCCUCUCUCCUUCCAGAAGGCCCUCCAGCCAUAGCAAACUGA